CCGCAGUGACGCAUUUAUCCCGCGCGAUGACGUGGCUGCCAGGCGCCCGGCGGCACGUUGGCCAGGCCUUGGGCGGGCUUCAGGGGGCGCAAACAUGGCUAUGGCCAGCGAUUUCUACCUGCGCUACUACGUAGGGCACAAGGGCAAGUUUGGACACGAGUUUCUGGAGUUCGAGUUUCGGCCAGACGGAAAGCUUAGAUACGCGAACAACAGCAAUUACAAAAAUGAUGUCAUGAUCAGAAAGGAGGCUUAUGUACACAAGAGUGUAAUGGAAGAACUGAAGAGGAUUAUUGAUGACAGUGAAAUUACAAAAGAAGAUGAUGCAUUGUGGCCUCCCCCUGACAGAGUUGGCCGACAGGAGCUUGAGAUUGUAAUUGGAGAUGAACACAUUUCUUUUACCACAUCAAAAAUAGGUUCUCUUAUUGAUGUAAAUCAGUCAAAGGAUCCUGAAGGCCUUCGAGUAUUUUACUAUUUGGUACAGGACCUGAAAUGUUUAGUAUUUAGUCUUAUUGGAUUACAUUUCAAGAUUAAACCAAUCUAAAUUGUAUGUUUUUGAAGCUGUUUUUAUAUUUAAUUAGGGGUUUGUCAUUUACACUAUUGGGAUUUUUAUAAAUGUGAAACUUUUUUUUGUAUGCCAACUAAAAAUAAGAAAAUACAUAAAUAGGCUAAUGGUUAUUCUCACUUGGGUCCAAGUGGUUAGACAGUCCUUACACAUGAAAUUCUGUAAAUAAAAGCAACCUUUUGUUGAGAGUUUGCUCUAAUAAAACAUAUCAAAGCCUGAA